GAUCACGUAGUCGUUGGAUCAUGGACAUAAGUGACACAACUUUGAUGCGUAGAACAACAAAAAUGUUUGUUUACAUUUUUUCUUGUGCAUUUCAAGAAUUUAUUGAGUUAAUUUUUGAUAUUUAAAGUAAAAUAAGAUUUUAAUUGACAUAAGCAAUUUAUAAUUAGUGAAAAUUUGUGUAGAGAAAAAGUUAGAAAACACUACCGGAUGAAGGAAAGAAAAUUUUGAGUCAAUGAAGUUAUUGAGACAGGAUAGAACAUGGAUGAAUCCCUAAAACUUGCAGAACCAUCAUCUGCAGCCUUUGCAGGUGCUGUUAGUGGAUGUAUAACGAGACUAUUAUUUCAACCAUUAGAUGUAGUGAAGACAAGAUUUCAACUUCAAGUUGAACCAAUAAAACACCAUUCUGUAAGUAAAUAUCGUUCGUUGCCACAAGCAUUUGCAUUAAUUGUCAAGGAAGAAGGUGUAAGUGCAUUAUGGAAAGGACACGUGCCAGCGCAAUUAUUAUCUAUUGUUUACGGUAUGAGCCAGUUUUAUUCCUACAAUUUAAUAACACAACAUUUAAAUCGAUAUCAAAUUGUUCAUGAAUGGAGAAAUACAUUACAUUUUGCUGAAGGUGCAAUUGCUGGAGCUGUGAGCACAACGUUAACGUUUCCAUUUGAUACGAUAAGAACAAGAUUAAUUGCUCAAUCAACAAAGCACAAAGUUUAUCAUGGAUUAUUUCAUUCUUGUUUAUCCAUUUUUCGGGAAGAAUCUUCAAAAGCUUUUUUCCGCGGCUUACUACCAACAAUUUUACAAAUUGCUCCUCACACUGCCUUUCAAUUUUAUUUCUUUGGAAUAUUUAAGGACCUUUAUGUUAAGAUUACCGAUGAUUCCAGUACUAGCAUAGCAGGUACUAUGACAGCAGGAAGUCUUGCCGGACUCGCAGCAAAGACGAUUAUAUAUCCAUUUGAUUUGAUAAGAAAACGACUUCAAAUUCAAGGCUUUCAACAUGGAAGAAAAGGAUUUGGAGUUUUCUUUCACUGCACUGGAAUGAAAGAUUGUGUUAUAAUAACAAUUAAACGAGAAGGUGUUAAUGGACUUUUCAAAGGUUUGGUGCCGAGUCAGGUGAAGGCUGUAGUAACUACUGCUUUACAUUUUACAAUUUAUGAACAAACUUUAGUUAUUAUGCAAAUUUUGAAAGAAAAAUAUUAGCUCCUUUUUUUCGAUAUGAGAAUUUACAGAAGCCACAUUGUGUUUUACAGUUUUAGAGACAAUUUACAUAUUUUUUUAGUUUAGUUAGUUUAUUUUUUUAGUUUAGUAUUUUUCAAAGAGAAUAGGAAAUUUUUGAAAAGGAAUUGAGCUGAAGUUCUUGACAUUAGAACUGAGUAAAAAAAAAUAAUUCAAAAAAAAUGCUGAUGAUAAUAAUACUAUAAAACCUUUGUGUACUUAAUUGUAAUUAUUUUUAAAUUAAAUUUAAAAAUAAGUUAACAAUUAUAUUAAAAUCAUAUCAAAAUUAAUUAAAUUAUACAACUUUAAUUUCUAAAUAUUUCUAGUAAUGUAUAUAUAAGUAACUAUUAUAGAUUUUUGAUACACUAAAAAUUAUAUAUAGUUAACUAUAUAAAAUUAGAAAUUUUCUAUAUGAAAUUUGAAAAAUCAGACUAAUUUUUAUCAUUUCUGAUUUAAGGAACUUGAACCCAAUCUGUGAAGAAAUUUUUAAUUAAAGGAUAAAAAAAAUGAUUUUUCAAAGAAAAUAGUUAUAAAUAGUAUGGCAUAUGUUUAAAUUUGCAAGAUACUCGAAUACACAGUAUUUAUUAUUAAAAUAUUAUAUAUAGUAUUCAAAGCAUAAAUUAAUCAAACCCUCAAAAGUUGGAGGAUAAUUAUUUAUUUAAAACGUGAUUAAAAUUAAAGAUUAACCAAAAUAAUAAUGAAAACUAAAUGUAUUAAACAAAAUAGUGAUAAAAUAUUGAAAUGUUAAAUAAAGCAGUGAUUAAAUUCAAAUAUUUAAUGAAAUCAGAAGUAAUUGCAAAUAUAAAACAAAAAACAGUUAUUUAUAAUCAAAUUGUUUGUUGAGCAUGUGAAAAUUUAAUUUUAUUAUUCACAUUUACAUUUGUAAUUUAAUCAAAUUUAGAUUUUCACUUUAAAUAAAGAUCUUUCAGUUUCUAGCUAUGUACAUGAAUACACUUUUAAUAAAUAGAGAAGAAUACAAUUAUA